CCUGGUGAGAUCUCCAUUAGCCAUCUAACUCAAAAGAACACAAGCAAAAUAAAACAUAGCCUAGAAUUUCUUUUAGACUUUAGCUCUGAGUACGUAUCGUGUUGGGUAGUCACGAUGGGAGCUUACAAUUAUAUCACUGAGUUGUACCGCAAAAAGCAGAGCGAUGUUAUGCGGUUCUUGCUCCGCGUUCGCUGCUGGCAAUACCGUCAAUUGACAAAAUUGCACCGUGCCCCAAGACCAUCUCGUCCUGACAAGGCACGUCGUCUAGGAUACAAAGCCAAACAAGGCUUUGUUAUCUACCGUAUUCGGGUACGUCGUGGAGGUAGAAAGCGCCCAGUACCCAAGGGAGCUACCUUCGGUAAACCCAAGAGCCAUGGAGUUAACGAGUUGAAACCAUCCCGUAAACUUCAAUCUGUUGCUGAGGAACGUGUUGGCCGUCGGUGUGGAGGUUUGAGAGUUCUCAACAGCUACUGGGUGGCCCAAGAUUCUUCCCACAAAUUCUACGAAGUUAUCCUUAUUGACCCAUUCCAUCCGGCAAUCCGCAACGACCCUAAGAUAAACUGGCUCUGCAAGCCAGUCCACAAACACCGUGAGCUCCGCGGCAAGACCUCAGCUGGUAAAAGCUCCCGCGGUCUUGGCAAAGGACAUCGGUACUCUCAGACAAUCGGUGGGUCCCGACGUGCUGCUUGGCUCAGAAGGAACUCGCUUUCUUUACGCAGAAAACGAUAA